CGGGCGCAGCGGGGGCGGCGGCGCGGGGCGGGUGACGCGAGAAACCGCACAAAGGCUCCCGCAGCCUCCCGGAAACUCCACGGGGCGCCUCUGCCCCGCCGUCGCCCCGGAAGCGGAAACAGAAGCACGCGCUCCCGGCCCCGCCGCCGCCGCCACGAUGCCGAAACGGAAGAAGCAGACUCCGCUGCAGCCGCCGCGCCAGGUGCCCGAGCGGGAGGCUGGGGACGAAGGCGACGGGCGGCCUGCGGGACCGCCCAGCCUUCUGGGCCCUCCCCCCAUGGCCAAUGGAAAGCCUGGUGACCCCAAGUCAGCUCUCCGCAGAGGUCCCCCGGGACCAAGGGGACUGAUGAUUCCACCACUGCUGAGUCUCCCACCUCCUCCCCGGGGCAGAGGCCCAGUGUGGGGAGGCUUAGGCCCCAGGUCUCGCCCAUAUGGUCGAGGUUGGGGGGUCAGUGCUGAGCCUCCUUUUCCUGGACCAGACCAAGGUAGUCUCCCCAGGGGAGGCUUUCACAGAGAACAGAGACAUCCUCGAAGGCUCAAAAGCUGGUCGCUUGUCAAGAAUGCCUGCCCCCUCGAGGACGCAGCCCCGGUUAUGGAAGACAAAUCUAACCGCCCAGUCUGCCGACACUUUGCCAAAAAAGGCCACUGUCGAUAUGAGGACCUCUGUGCCUUCUACCACCCAGGCGUCAACGGGCCUCCUCUGUGAGACUGCCUUCUGCCUUCUCAGCGGGGCUGGAGGGAGCCCGUCACCUAGCAGCCGUGUAUUUCCCACCCCACCUGUCACCUCCCCCAUUCGGGGUUCAGAGUUGUGUUUCAUCACUGGGGUAGGUGGGCACUCUUUCUGCUGAUCCGGCCUCCGGAGCCUCGCCUUCAGGCCCCCAUCUCUGCUCCCUCGGCUGCCUCCUGGGUCCUCUGCCCUCGCCACUGACUGCCGAGCAGGAGACGGACUAGUUGCCGCCUCUUGUGUGUCUGUCCACCAGCCGCCCUCAAGUCCUGAGCCCGGAGCAGUGUCCCCCCCCCCCCCCCCCCCCGCUCCCCCUGUGCGAGCCCUGCCCCAGCGCUGUGCUGCUGGAGGAACCCCGGGGUGUCUGGCCUGGGUCCAGUUUGGAUGACGCCGGGCCCUUCCCAAAAGGCCACUCGCCUGCUCUGGGAUCCCGGGGUUCCCCCGCCGGUAGCAGGGCCGGAGAUCGCUGUGCGGGACGAACGCACCCCGUAGCCGGUCUCAGUGUCCGUGGCAUUUCUGUGGCUUCUCCGCACUAGAGUGUUUCUGCCCCAACAAGUGAGGCUGGGGUGCCUCUAGGCUCUCCCCACCCCAACAAGGGAGCAUGGGGACUUCCCGCAAGACUGCCCUCCUGGCCCCCCGUUCUGGUGCCACAUUCUCUGGGUUUGACGCGGCCCUGCCCCAUUUCCUCCACAGCCGAGCUCCUUAGCCCAGUCCCUGGGAGGCCCGGGCCUCCGUGUGAAUUCUGUGAAUCUCCGCCUGGACAGUCCUGCCCUCGCCCCACCUCCGUCACUGCUGCUGGUUGUUUUCUGUGAAAACGGCAAUGAGCAGACUCGGUCUUGAACUGGCCCUGAGGCCAUGGGUCAGGAGUUGUGUGGGCAGGAGGGAGGGUGAGAGCCGUUGGAGAACUGAAAAUGAAUUUUGUUUCUUUUUAACGUUUUUUAUAUCAGUAAUAAAUGCAGUGGG